CUUCCUCAGUGCACACAUGCAGCAAACACCCGAUAAUUAAUUACUUGUUUUUGCAGAGUGCUGCCAAAGAGAUAAAGGAGACUAGAAGAAGGCAGACUUUACUAGAAGGCAGGAACUGAUAGAGAGGGUGGGAGCAGGUAACACAGUGCAGAGUUCAAAUCAUAUACAGCUCAUUUACACGCAGAACCACACCUCAGCUUCCUUAAAAGGGGCGCAUUUCUGGUUUUUAGACGCCUUAAGCUGAGCAUCAUGUUCAUACCAACUGCAACCUUCAGUAGUGACUGAGGAUGGAGCACAAACCACUCAUCUUGUGAUCAGGGUGAUGCUAACACUAAAAAGACCGAGUAAGGGCACCCUCCUCUUCUUUCUCUGUGUAUUACCACUGUGUCUACUCAAUGGAGGGCUGACAGGAUUCCAGAGAGCCGGAAAUGCCACCACCUGCUUUAACUGCAGCAGCAGCAGAGAUGUGACCAUCCUGCUGUGGUACUGGCCAUUCGGCAAGUCAUUCAGCCUGGAGGGUGAUGUGUGCUGGGACCGUUACCGUAUCCCUCGCUGUAGAUUGGUGGACCAGCGCUCCCUGUUUUCUUCAGCUGAUGUGGUGGUCUUCCACAACAGAGAGCUGGUACAGGGCCGCCAGAAGCUGCCCUUAGACCUUCCACGGCUGCAGGGUCAGAGGUGGGCAUGGAUGUCUCUUGAGGCCCCUGUUUACAACGGAAACUUGCGGCAGUAUGCAAAUAUCUUCAACAUGACCAUAACCUACAGGAGGGAUUCUGAUAUCACUGUACCCUAUGGUGAGCUGCUACCACAGGAGACUGGAGAACAUCUGGUGGAAGACAUCCCCCUGAAUAAGAGCUCUCUGGUUUGUUGGGUGGUCAGCAACUACAGGAGACAACACAAGAGAAGCAAAGUGUACCAUGAGCUCAAUGCUGCAGUUCCAGUGAAGGUUUAUGGGCGCUGGACACGGGCAUACCUCCCCUCUAGUGCCCUCUUACCUACAAUUUCUCACUGCUACUUCUAUUUGGCUUUUGAAAACACAAUCACCAAAGAUUAUAUUACAGAGAAGCUGUGGAGGAAUGCUUACCAAGGUGGAGCAGUGCCUGUUGUCAUGGGACCGCCACUGAGCAAUUAUGAAGCUGUGGCCCCUCCAAAUUCUUUCAUCCAUGUUGAUGAGUUUGCAUCUGUAAAAGAUUUAGGAAAGCAUCUACAACAGCUGGCAGAGGACAAGAAACGGUACAGUGAUUAUUUUACCUGGAAACAACACUGGAAAGUGAAACUGUACACGGACUGGAGAGAGAGACUGUGUAAGAUCUGCUUACAGUACAACAGUUUACCUCAGCAUAAAGUUUACUCUGACCUAGAGGCCUGGGUAAAUGGCACUUAAGCUUGCAUAGUUGUGGUGAAUUUUGAAUUUUAUGUGUGUGUAUAUAUAUAUAUAUAUAUAUAUAUAUAUAUAUAUAUAUAUAUAUAUCAUUCUAUGAUUGGUAAUGCAUUUCUGUAAAAUGAAUACAAAUAGUAAUAAUCAGAAAAAUUUUUACUGGAAAAAUAUAAUGAAUCACAUCCCUGAGAAUCUGAUCCAACAUUUAGAAAUUUUGUCUAGAACAUGUCCACCUGUGGUAAAAAAAAAAAAAUUGAAUAGACUGGAGACACCUGUGUGUACAAGUUAAAACCAUCUCUAAAGCUUUGACUGUUCCCAGGAGCACAUCAGAUGCUUAAUACCAUCCCUAUGGUGAAGAAGGUGAUGGCAGGAUCAAGCUGUUGGAGUGUGGCAGGGACAUGGGUCAGAAUUGAGGGAAGAAUGAAUGCAGCCAAAUACAUACAAGUGUGCAAAAAGUGAACUGGUCUGAAUACUUUCUGAAGCCACUGUGUCUGCACAUAACCAACACAACUAGCAUGCUUUAACUACUUCAUAUUAAGAACAUUGACCAAGUGAUGUAAAUCUCUAGCACUUUAUACCAAGCACCUGACCUCUCUGUGGUUAGUCAAACAUUACAAGAAAUACAAGAAAUACACAUAUUUACAUUCUUGCUGCGUGAUAUGUAGUAUGACAGCAGCCAACUGAUUUAGCUUUCCACAGAGUGCUUCCCAAAAUGUUGAACUGUUCCUUUAAAUUUCACUGGUAUGGACACAGGCCCACUCUGUACAUCCAGGCUUGAACACAUGUACUGUAAAGACAAAUGGCAAUUGAAAAGCCUAUAUUUGAUGUUUUUACCUGCAUUCUGUCUUUUAAAAUGUUAGACAUUUCAUGUUUGGUCAGUUAUACCUUUUCUGUUUAUUUCAUGACUUUCACCCCUUCAUAAUAAAAAUUAUUAAACUCAGAAAUAGUAUGUCUCAUUUCACACACCUCAAUGUCUUUAAAACUAAAAAACAGGAUGUAUGUUCCAUUUACUGUGCGUAAUGAUUCAGUUUUCUGACAUGACUCAUUUAGAUCAAAGAAACUAUCAUUUCAGUUCCUCAGUCUUGGUUGCUGUAGAAUUUAAUCAAAAGUGGUUGUAAAUCGACAUUGUCCUGGUGGAGUACUACAGAGGCACAACAAAGAAGAAUUUACCUUUGGUGAAACAUGCAAAAUUUACUGGGGAAAGGACAAUUACAGUAGUUUGCAUAUACAAAAGUUUCAAAAGAAAAAGGGUCAGUUUUACUUUAUGCAGAGAUAACAUUUAGGGUUAAGGUGUUUUGAAUGAAUACAUCUAAGUGUGGCUAACAUUUCAAUAAAUUAGAAUUCAUUUACAAUCUGUUGAGAAAAUGUGUUAGAUUAAAAACUAAUGGCUAGAGUUGAAAUCAUGACUGCACUCUUUAAGAAAAUAUGCAAGUCACUAAUGUUAUAAGGGAAGAUCAGCUUACCAUUAAUACUGAGGCAACUCUAGUACAACCAAACAUUAUUCCAAUGUUUAUGCUUGAUCUUGCUAAUAAUUUCAUGGUCACUUAGAGACAUGUGAUGUAUCGCAAAGGAAAAUAAGUGACAUUUAACAUCUUCAUUUCUAUGAUUAUGGUCAUCGGAGUAAAAGGUAACUUCUUAAAAUACAACUCCAGUGAGCAUUCAAGACUUGACUUAGUAUUGUUAUUCAACAUUAACAUAAAAACCCUUCACAAUAAGAUCAAAAUGAGGUAUUUGAAAACAGUUUGUAAACUUGACAAUGGUUGAUCAAGUCAGGUCAGACAUUUAUCCCAUUGCCAUUCACCUGAGACAUUAAGAGUAAAUAAAAAUAUUGACAAUGUGCAAAUGGCAGACUUGGCAGCUAAGCCAAUGAGUACAAAACAUCUGUCACACUCCCGGAAAAUAUUCCUUUGAAUCUCACCAUCUCAUGUUGCUGCUAAAAAUAUUUGCUCAGGAAGUCAAUGACAGUCAUCAACUGCAGGACAAAAAUUUGGGUUUAGUAUACAAACAGGACAUUAAAAAAAAAAAAAGAAGAUAA